UCGAAAUCGGUAAGGUGAUACAGGAACUAAUCACGUUAGUCAAUUCGUGGGGCCAUUGUGAUAAAUUUUUUCACCGCGUACCGUUGUGAAGAAAUUUAUGCACUGUCGUAAGCUUAUAAUUGACCAAGAUUAUCUCGGAAUAUCUAGACGGGGAAAUUCAUCGGGUUAGGAUAUCAGAGCUGGUAUGUAAAAUUAUAUAUAAACGAAAUAACGUUUCCAUGUGUUGUGUAUUUUCAUCAUUAAUUGGUCGAGAAUUUAGAACAAACGGUAGCUAGACUACGUUAGAAGCGUUCUUGGAGUGAAGCUGUUUAAUGUUGAGCAAUUAGGUGAAACGGUUAAACCCAGUUAUUCGUGAAAUUUCCUCCCUCCUUGGAAGUUUGAGUUGGAACUUAGAAGAAUCCUCAUAUUUGAUAUAACAAUUAUUGAUCAUUCUAACAUUUCGUAAUCCAAUUAAGAUUAGCAUUUUUUAGGUUUCAUACUUACAUUUGUCAAACGUAGAGCAUGAGAAUCGCCUAACCCAUUGAACCUCUAAUGAAUUGAGUUAUCUUGAUCUACUUUGUACGGAAAGAGUAAUCAACGUCUACUAGCAACCCAGCCUUUACCUCGCCUCGCGAAGCAUCUGUUUCUGUACUCUCAACAUCCUCGUACAAACGUGAUAGCUACAGUGGAAGAAAAGCUGGUUCUUCGUCCCCGCUCACUGUACCAUCUCCACUCCCUGGAUCAGUCCCUCCAGUAGCAGCAAUGGGCGUGCAGCUGCUGCAGGUGGUGGCGCUCGCCAGUGCGUUGCUGGCGACUACGUCGUCUCUCAUGCUGGGUUUCGACGAGCUGUCCAGCCAGUUCCUGCCCCUGGCGCACGUAUCGGUGCGAUGCCUGCAGCCCAUAGACUAUGUCCCGCGUCACUGCACCACGCAGGACAUGGUGCGAGGCAGGGUCAUCGCUAACGAAACCAUGUGGUACUACAGCCCCGACCUCCUCAAGUGUGUGCCUACCAUCAAGUUCACGGGCUGUGCCACUGAGAACAGGUUCGACACGUUGGAGGCGUGCACAGCCACGUGCGAGACAGGCACCCAUUGCCCCGACGGCUGCUACACUGAAACUGACUUGCGUCGACGUGACAAACUUCGCUGCGUCUGCCCGGACGGUAUUGGAGAAUGGCUCUGCCAUUUGCCACCUGAUGAAGGUGACUGUGGAGACAUGACUGCCGUGGCACCGAUCGAGCGAUAUUACUACGACCCCGUAAGCAAAGAAUGUCAUACCUUCUCUUUCUCACGAUGUGGCGGCAACAACAACAAUUAUGGCUCUUUGCUGAUGUGCAAAGAUAUUUGUGCUUAUGAUCCGGCAAGUGAAUCCACCAGUAGUUUCGCCUUGCUAUUGCUUCAAAUUCUGAUUGCUCUCAUCGCCGUAGUCACGAUUCUGCAUCUGAUCAGCUGGAAGCUCAAGACACAGUCCGCCGUGCUCAACCAAAUUAACGAGUGGCUAGUGCGUAGGAAGCGUGCAUCAUUUCUGUGAACUUGUUCCAUAAUUUUAAUUAGGAA